GAGAAAUCAUAAUAUCUUUGUACUUGUAAAAGAUCUAUUUCAAAUUUUAUUAGUCUCUUUAAAGAAUAAUUGUUUUCAAAAAAAAAAUUUUUUAAUUUUAAUAAAUUAAUUAAUUUUAGUAAAAAAAGAAAUUUUUUUUUUUGCAAAAAAUAUAUAAAUAAUAAAAUUUUUUAUUUAGAAAAAUUAUUUAAUUAAAUAAAUAACCGAAGAUUAAAAGUGAUUUUUUUUUUUGAAAAAAAUCUUCAACGAGAAAAAAAAAUUUCUGCUUCCACAAUGUUUGUGACGAUAUUUUUUACAAUUUUUCUCGUCACUGGCGUCACUGUGGGUUGUGAAAAACAGGCAAUAUCAUUUGACAUCACUGAAGAGGACAUUUUUCUGGAAAAAUCAACAAUUAACAUUAAACUACCAGAUUGUCCAAAAUCAUCAAUAAAAUUAAAUCUCUCACACAUGGGUAUCAAUAAUAUCACCGAUAAUCUAACAGACAGUCCAUUCUUUACAUGUCUCAAUCUCGAAAACAAUGAUAUUGUUUCACUACAACAAAAUAUUUUCCAAGAAAUGACAAAUCUUACAUAUCUCAAUUUAGCCAAUAAUCAAAUACCAGAUCAUGAUCUUCUAUCAUUUGGUGGUCAUGAAAAAUUACAAACCCUCAUUCUCGAUGGUAAUGUACCAUCAUAUUCACAUACAUUACAUGUUCGUGGUGAAUUUCCCAAAUUAGAAAAAUUAUUUCUUAGGGAAAUGCUCAUUGAAUUUCUUCCCAAUGAUUUUGGUUCACAUUUUCCCAGUUUAACACAUUUUUAUCUAUCAAAUAAUAUUGUUAAUGUAUCGAAUCUCUAUAAUUUUGUUAAUACUCUACCAACAUCGGUGACACAUCUUUAUUUGGAACAAAAUGGAAUUAGCGUAUUUCGAAGUUCGGUACUAAAUAAUAUCACUGAAUUACUAUUAGACGGUAAUGAAUUUAAAGUACUCGAUAGAUCAUUUGAUAUGACAUUGGAUCCAAGUAAUACACCAACACUUGAACAUUUAUCGGCGCGUUCAUGUAAAAUUAGUAAAAUUGGCACAACUGCAUUUUAUGGUACCUAUAAUUUAACAACACUCGAUUUAUCCAAUAAUUACAUUGAACAAAUACCCGAUGGUUUAUUUAAUGGUGUAUCAAAUUUAAAAAAUUUAUCACUUAGUUCAAAUUUUCUCAAUGAAAUACCACGUGCAAUUUCCCUAUCGUGCUUGAGAAUAAUGCAUUUAAAUUACAAUCGUAUACAAAAUACAAGUCAAUUAAGUAAUCUUACGGGAUUGGAAAUUUUAUCAUUACGCGGUAAUAAUAUUACACAUCUUGGUGAAUGUGUUUUUGGUAAUAUGACAAAUUUACGUGAAUUAGAUUUAGCUGAAAAUAAUAUUAAAUAUUUUAUGCCAAAUGCAAUGGUGAAUUUAAAAUUUUUUAAUCUUAAUUUUAAUUAUAUUGAUAAUAUUGAGGCAUUAUUUUUACGUAGUGAUUUUUCAUUGGAACAUUUGUAUUUAAAGGGUAAUCCAUUGUCGCGAAUUACUGUUAAUUCAUUAAUGAAUAUGCCGGAGAAUUUGACACUUUACAUUGGACCAAUGAGACAUCCGGGAAUUCAUUCUAGAAUUUUGAAAUUGGAAAAAUUUGAUAAGAGAAAUAAUAAAAUGAUUCUUUUGGAAAAGGAAUAAUUUAAAAAAAAAAAUAUUAAAAAUAAAAGUAAGAAUUAUUAAUUGUAAUAUGUUUAAAAAAAAAAAGUAGAAUUUGAAAUAGCGUUUUUAUUUUUUGAGAAUAUAAUACGUGCGGGGAGAAAAAAGUGUAGAGAGAGCGCUGGGAUUGGUGAUUAUAUUAGGCGGCGCGUACAUUUUUCAAGGUCAUAGCGCUAUCCCCACUCUGCGCAGGCGGCGCGCGCAAGUUUCAAGGUCAUCGCGCUAUCCCCACUCCUCGCUGACGGAGCGCGCAACUCUCAAGGUCGUCACACUAUCCCCACUAUUCGCGUUCACUAUUCUUAAUUACAAAAUCAAAAUAUUAACAUCCAAAAACAAAACUACUUUAAAUUCUUAAUAAUUUACAAAUAGAAAAAUGUAUCAGCGAAAUAUAAAAUGCUUUUUUUUAACAAAUAAAGAAUUCACAAAAAAA